AUGGGUAACCUGUUUGAGUUGUUGUGCAAGCACCCGUGGAAGGAGUACGCGAGAUGGGCGAAGAAAUACAACUCCGACAUCAUUUCGUUGCAUAUUCCUGGUGUUACUUUCGUCAUCCUCAACAACGAAGAAGUUGUGCAAGAUCUUUUUGUGAAGCGCGCGCCGAUCUAUUCCGAUCGACCGCACGUCAAGUUGUUCGAUAUGCUGAGCCUCACCCCGCGAAUUUUCCCGUUUCAGAAUCACGACGAGAGAUGGAGGAACGCCAGAAAGGCCUUCACGCUCCACGUUGCUCGCGAGAAUAGUUCACACACACGGCUUCACCAACUGACUGCCUCGCGUCGUCUUGUUCUUCGUCUGCUCGGGACGCAAGAUCCACCCUACGAUGUCCGCUUAGCCGCGGGUGAUUACAUCCUCUCGGCGAUGUAUGGUAUCCCUCCGCACGAACAAGAGGAAUUUGUGGCGACGGCGAAUGAGACUGUCAGCCUCGCACUAGAACUCUCGUUUAAGGGAUUCCUCGUUACCAUUUUCCCUUUCUUAAUGCACCUCCCAUCCUGGUGUCCUGGACCUGGACUAGCGAUGAAAAUGGAUCGACUAGUGAAGUACUUGGAUGCCAUGAUCCGCGUCCCCUUCCAAGCAGUUCAGGCAGACAUGGCCACAAGAAGAUUAAAAUCUUCGGUUACGUCUCGUUAUCUCUCGUCCCUCGAGGACUACGCCAACACACCUACCGAAGAGCUCAACUAUAUGGCCGAUGUCUUUGGUAUCGCCUACUCCGCUGGCGCCGACACAGUUGGAGCGCUUUCCAACUCGUUCGUGCUGGCCAUGCUUCUCUAUCCCGAAGUCCAACGGAAGGCUCACGUUGCACUGGAGACUGUUCUCCGGGGACGAUUCCCCGACUUUGGCGACUAUGAGAAGAUACCUUACAUCGACGCUAUCGUCCAGGAGGUUCUUCGCUGGAAUCCCGUCGCACCUCUUGGUUUACUCCACGCGUCGAAAGAGGAAGACUCCUACAAGGACUACGUGAUACCGAAAGGCGCCAUUUGCAUCGCUAAUGUAUGGGCGAUGCUACACAACGAGGAACGGUACGGCCCCGGCGCGGACGAGUUCCGACCGGAGCGAUUCUUGAACACCGAUGGGGCCCUUGAUCUCAGUCGCACCAAUUCCGAUGGAGCAUUUGGCUUCGGGCGGAGAAAAUGCCCCGGUGCAAGCAUAGCGAAGGAAUAUCUGUGGAUCUUAUUUGCGACUAUCCUCAGCGCUUAUGACAUCGUUGAUGGUACCGACAAGGAUGGACAAGCGCUGGACUGCUCGAAGAUUCAAUAUGCCAGUGCGUUGAUCAGCGUUCCUCCUGAAUUCCACUGCAGAUUCCGGCUCCGUCCUGGUGUCACCAAGCCGGUGAUUAGUGAGGCAAUCGAGGGCUUGAAUUGA